AUGGCUGGCAGAGUCAAAGGAAGCGAUGGCGAUGGCCAUGAUGCCGACACUCUCACCACCAAGCUCCUCGACGAGUUCCGCUCGCGCAUCGAUGAGCCCCUCAUCCUCACCAUAGCCAGCGACUAUGACUUGCAGGCCUCCUUCACCGAGGCCCGGCAGUCCCUCCUGCUCAUCGCAGAGAACGUCGUCGCCGAGGAAGCGUCCGGCUUCAACUCCAGCGGCCUGCCCUACGAGAGCCCGGCCGCGGCUCUCGACGCCCUCAACCUGGAUUCAGACACCGUCCACACAGUGACAGACAGCUCCAAGGCGCGCACCUCCGACUCGGAGCGCACAAGCCUCCUUGAUGUCGCCUCAGAGAGGUCCGACUCCCGUGACGACGUCUAUCAGACUCUGGACACCAAGACCUGGACCCAUGAGGACAAGACCGCAGAGCUGCGCCUCUGCUUCCCCAACCUCUCCGAGUUCGACGUCUCGUACUCACUCAAAAAGGCCGCUGGAGACCUGAACAAGGCUUACGAUGAACUGCUCAACAUCCAGUACCUAGAGGAUAUCGGAGAGCGCCCCAAGGGCGUGGACGCCUUCUUCAUUAGCGAUGAGGAGGUGCUGAGCAAGAAGAAGAAGAGGGCAAACAAAAAAGUCCCCAAGGCCAUUCAGAAACGCGUAGACUUGGGCUACGACCUCGCGCCGCCCAAGCUUGAGAGCAUCGAAGCUGAGCCCAACACCACCGCUGUCACCCCCGGCCGCGGAGCCAGGCUCCUCACCUCACGCGGUCCAGAUCCCAAGGGCCCCGUACCCUCGACCAAGCCGCCCAUCGACCCAGCCGGCUGGAAUGUCGUCGCGACCAAGAAACCCAAGCCACAGCCUCAUACAAACCCAUUCUCGCCUCUGUCGCCAACCUUCCCACAGCCUCCCUCCUCCCGGGCCGCCCCCUCCCACCGGGAGCAAGCCCACAGCGCCUACGAGGCCGCCGGCCUCGCCACCCGCCGCGGCCGCUCGGACCCGCUCCUGAGGCCCUACGCGGGCAUCCUCGCGGAGCGCGGGCACGAGAACGCGCGGGCGGCGCGGCGCCAGGACCGCGCGCACUGGGAGGCGCUCGUCGAGAGCCAGAGCUCGCUCGACGUCGUCGACCUGCACGGCGCGCCCGUGCAGGACGGCGUGCGCAUCGCGCUGCGCGCCGCCCAGGCCUGGUGGGACUCGUUCGGCGAGGACCGCGCCCGCCUCGCGCGCCGCCAGCACCUCACCAUCAUCACGGGCACCGGCUACCACUCCGCCGGCGGCGUGUCGCGCAUGCGCAGCGAGGUCGGCGCCGCGCUGGACCGGUACGGCUGGAAGAACGCCGUCGAGACGGGGCAGUUUAUCGUCACGGGACGCAAGAAGGGCUGA